AUGCUCCACUAUAUCAGUCUGCCUGUUUGCGGACCCUACGAUGUCUUGGUCCUGGUUGAUCUGCCCCAUGUGAAGAAAGCAGGUAUUCACCAUUUGCGUGGCCGAGCGGCCCACGACGAGCUGCCGUUCACCAAGACCAAGCAUGUGAAAACCUCGCGAUUUGCUUUCAGCGACACAUAUGCCCCUCCCGAGGGCUUCCUACAGGUAUUGACGUUUGUUCUUGAUCUUUUCGAAGCCGUGCGCUCCGUCGAAGUCUACAAUGGCAUGGACUUAGAGAGAGCCCGUUAUCUCUACGAAGAUUUGUUGCUCAACCUAUUUGCCUCGCUAGGACCAUCACUCGAGCCUCAUCUCGACACCUUGGAAACGCCACUGCUACCCGGGAAAUUCAACCAAAACGGAAUCUGGUAUGCGCUGAUUCCCAAUUUGUCCACUUUCCAUCGGUUGGAGGCGCUCAAAAUACCCGAGCAGCUGUUCAACCAGCACGUGAGGAACGUAAUCAACGGUGAAGCAGUUACUCCCGAGAGUACGGAGGGACCUAUGUACCUGCUUCCUAGCCUGAAGUUGGGGUUCCUACCACCGACGCUGGGGUCACCUAUCCUUGAUCGGUGCAAAUUAUCUACCGUUAUCUUAAGACACUUAUGGAGCACGAGGACAUGCUUCCCGAGCUUCGUCUUGUGGACCUGUUCACUAAUUGUCUAG